UCGGUGUGUGUGAGUGUGUGCGUCGGUAUGUCUGUGCGCGCCUGCGCACCCCCCUCCCCCCCACGCCCCCCCACACUAAAAAUACAGAUGCUCACUCUGACAGGAGACGGGAAAUUUUACAGUUCAAAAACCACAUACAUGCCUUUUUGAAAAAAAGAGUUUUAUUCAGGGUUUUCACUGUGGACAGAAUUAUAGAGUCGCUCACUUAAUUCUGGUAGUUUGUAUUUAAUAUCCUUGUAUAAAUAGGUGAAAAAGAUUCAGGUUUUCUUUAGUAGUCAAUAGCGUAAGACUCUGUGGGAAAACGAGUAAUUGUCAUGUGAAGCAUUAUUUUUUAGCGGUGAAGGAUCACCCCCGGCCACCCAGUAAACCAUCUUCUUGUCGUUAGGGAAAUAAAAGGCGACCGGCGGUCCGUAGACCUCUCGGUAACGUCACGCCUACGGCCGGCGUAAGUAGCUCCGAAGCGGCAGAUCGAAAGAACUUUAUAAUACCGCCCGAUCCUCGCCGGAGAACGGAGGAAUGCAGUAUUAGUACGUUCGGUGGAGCGCCGGCUACACCCAGAGCGUCCACCACGGCUUCGAGAGAAAACUUUAAAUGAGAUAGAAGCAUACGUUUUAACAGACGAAAACUGAACGUUUAUUAUUUCGUGGUUGGGUUUAGCAAGCGGAGUGGGGUUGACAAAAUAUACACUUACAGAAACUGACGAGAGUUAACCCUAAGCGGCUAUAGAAUCUUUUCACAGAAGAUGGAAUACUAAAGGACGUAAAGUAAUUUAAACUUAAUUAUUCAAAAAAAAAGUAUCUGAUUUCCCUUUCUGUUUGAAAAUAAGCUAACGUACGGUUUGAGAAGAAAGUUGGAAUGCGACUUAGAGCAUGUUCGUACUGUGCACCGAAAAGACUUGAGAAUGGUGAUUUUGGUUUUAAACGUGUGCUGGUUAGUUGAUGUGAUGACUACUUUAAAUUUAAGGAUUGUGUCACACUCCUGCUAUCGAAAAACCUCACUGUAACUUUGAUGUAUUUGCUGCUGUGACAUUUCGAGACAUUUUCAGUUUAUCGAAAUGAAAGGCAUCUUCAUUUUGAUGGGCGAUGAUACAUUAUCAUUUUGCUAAUAACCAAAUUCGCAGUCUGUUCAGGGUCUUGAUAGAAUUACAGAUAUUUAACACUGAAGCUGUUUAGAACUCUCAGUAAUGUAGAUCCUUUAUAAAUUGGGGAGUUAGAAGCUGGGCAGUGCAUUUUAACUUUAAUUUAUUAGCGUCCGAGACCGGAUACCUUCAUCGAGCAGUUUUUUUAUUUUUAUUAUUUUUUUUUUUUUGGAAAUAUGGUUCGGAGUAUCCACGUUGGAUUUCAUGGAAUACGUAAUACCGAUGAUACGGUGCUUUAAAGCGUUCGCCUAAGUACGCGGAGCGAGGGUCGGCCGCUUCUGUACCGUCAGACCCCGACGCCCGCCCCUUUAUCUCUUAAGAUCCCGGCCCUCCCCAAGCCGGUCUGUAAGUAGUCCAAGGAGCCGUUGUUCUUCAGUGACUUUGAGAAACACGCACCCUUGGUCAGAUGGUUGUGCUGUCCACUCAGACGUCUGGGAACCCGGGCCGGGGGAGGGGAGGGACAGCGUUGACCGUUAACGGUCACCUGUCUCUGCUAUUCGGGCAGCGCCCUAAAUCGGCUUCUCUUCUGGCGAGAAACCAGUGAGCGAGGAAGACAGACUCUCUGAAGUCAGUUACACCGAACCCUCUUCAGCUUCCGCCACUACUUGCGUUUCAGGUUCAACUAUUGAUGCAAAAUCAGAGGAAGCUCCUAAAAUGGAAAAAAGAAAAUCCGCCUUAAACACAGUUUUGGAAUCUUUGUGCAAACAUCACCGACAUCAAAUCUUGGCGAUGUUGAAAUUUUUAAUCCAAGAGCUAAACGCUUCUUCCAUUUGCAUUUGCAAUCCCUCCCGCGCUCUGGCUGCAACUACUCCGGGAUCCCUCCCCGAAGACGAAGGGCACGGGCUGUCUUGUGGUCGCGAAUACAGGCUGACCAAAAGAGGUGAAAGAAAUAGAAGCGGUUUAGCCUCGCUGUCGGUCUUGGUCAAAGAUUUGCAGUGCUUACCUUGCCAGGCCGCAGCUUUGGAGCACAUGAAGGCAGAGGUGAGUAGAGGAGGAGCCAGCUCUCACCAUCCUCACCGAUGCUUCCCUGGACAAUUCCCGAGCCGUCGCCGCGAUCCCCCACGAUCGGCGCGGUGCCCUCGCCCUCCGACCAAAGCGUGCGACUCGUCCGGCGGUGUAAAAGACUCGGGCAGAUCGCGUAGCCCCUCGCCCCCGCCACUGUCACCCGUACGGACGGAAGAUUUUGAAAAGCUGAAAGAGUCGAGCUCAGGCUUUCCGGCUCUAGAGAACAACAGACCGGAAGCCACCGGCAACCAGCCUCCGGCCCUCUUGCCGGCCGAAGGCAGAAGUGGCAGGGGGGACGAGAGAGGUAGAAUCCGGGGGGCACCACUCCCUGCUCACCCCAACGAGUCUUUGCCCUCCCGGGAAACCGUCAGCGACUGCACCCGAAACUGGGAAAAGUCUGAGCGGGUCGGCGAAGGCACGGCAAUCUUUCAGGAUUUGAUGGAUCGGAUUAAUGAGAAGUUAAAAUCCAUCGAACCCACCGACGUCACCAGUCUGGUCAAAUUGGCCAACAGUGACAGCAGCCCGGAAAACAAUAACCUAAAAUUAGGAGACUUAAUAACUUCCCUUUUGCAUAACGGGAAAGCCAGUGAUUACAGUUUUAUGGAACUACUGAAUCAACACGAUAAAAAGGUGGAAAAUAAAAUCAUUCAGACUAGAUUCCGCAAGCGUCAGGAAACGCUGUUGGCGAUGCAUAACUCUCCCGAUUCACCCUUGUUUAGACGGCAGUCUUUGCAGAUAAAGAGGGAACUGGCCAGCCUCGACGAACAUUUCGUCAGGAAAAAAUCAACCUCGGAAAAAAAUUCCAAGAGGUCGACGGCCGGCGAGGAUAAAAUCCCAGAACGAUACGAUGUCUCGGAAGACUACGCCUUGCAAGAUCCCCAGAGCAUCCCCGGCGUGACCCUCGAAGAAGCGUCACUCUUUUUGCCCAUACACCAAUUGCAAUCAGCACAACUACCUCCGCGUAACUUUGAAAACGAUCCCAGAGUUGACCCGUUCUCAGCCAGCUUUACCGCGACUGCCCCGGAGCAAACCAGCCUACCCGCAGCCCGAGAGGACCCGGCAGUUGACAGAGACCACGUGCCGGGUGAAGCAGAGGCUGCGAGACUGGACAACGAUCCCGUCCCUUCGAGAGGAGAUCUCGACGGACUCUUGAGCCGAACCAAGCGAAACAUUGUGCCUCCGGGAUGGUACUCUGUGUACGUGACAAACGACUUUCUGUUUAAAAAAUCCCCCAAGGCCCAGAGAGCUCCUGAAACUCCGGAAAAGGAUGUAGCGAGAGACCUUCGAGGUGAAAGAGCAAACGAUUCGGACGUAAACACGGUUGCGAGAAACGCAGAUCUGCAGAUCGUCAUGGAGCGCUUGGAAGAUACGGUCGAUAGAGCCGACGCUACUCUGGAUAAGCAGCCGCCAUCCGCAGGGCAGAAAACACCCAGGCGACCGAAAGACGGCGCUCGUCUCAGAAUUCAAAGCGCUCGGGGGGACUCGCGUUUCAAACCGUCGGAAACGAUCUCCGGAGAGCAGAGCUUUACCCCCCGGUCUCUAGUGCCUUCCAGCGAUGAUGACAGAAGGGACUGUGUUUCCAUGGGAGACUGUGCCAAAGUUGUGGGUCGGGGACCCGGUGGCAGCCCGACCCAAUCCUCCGCAUUAGAUUUGCAGUCCAGGCCCGAAGUCGGGGAGAACGCUUCUCUUUCCGCUUACUCGAGUCCUAUCAAGUUGAUGUUUGUCUCGGAGGUGAGCAGCAGCGAAGGGGUCAAAUAUACCUUAACGUCCGUCGGUGCCCCUAAGGCAAACGUUGCUCUUUGUUCUUUCGAGAAGUGCCCGACACACAGCCCGGUAGAAACCAAGGGGGGAGAAGCCGGCAAGAGUGCCCCCGACACUCACUUGGGAGAUUUUAGUUACGAUUACAAUGGAAAUGAAAGCAGCCCAGAGGAAGCCAACGACCCCGGGGGUGCCUGGGGCCCUGCUGCAGAGGCCUGCCUGGCUUUGGCCGGUGAUGCAGGUGACCGUAAGCAACGGGAAGAAUCUCCGGAGAAAUCAAGCGCCGUCUGUGAGUCCUCUUCCAAAAGAAAACCGGGCAGGCCUAAAAAAAUAGGCCCUCAAGUUGUCAAGCAGAUUAAGCGGCCCAUCGGGAGACCCCCGAAACCGAAAACCGACGCCACCGAGGGCACGAACCGCAGGAGGGAGCCCUCCGGCGUCGAGAAGCGGAGCCCGGAACCUUCGAUUUCGGCCAUCGGCGGCGGGGCCGGUAGAAGCAUCACGGUGACCGUCGUCUACGGAAGGUCCAGAAGAACAAAAAGGCACGUCUCGGAAGGCAACGUGAAUAUAAGCAGCGCCGCAUCUUUAAGUAACCGUGACGUCGAUUUUCCGCAUAGAUGUAACGGGCUGGGACGUUCCAGGGCGGCAGAGCCUGGCUCGGAUGAGAGAAGAAACGACGCGCAAACUCCGGCUACUGAAACCGAGACCUUGGGGUCUGGCUAUGAGCAUAUCAGACCCGCCAAGAACAAGUCCGCGAUACCUCACCCUUGCAGGAAUAUCAUACGUCCAAAUCAGAAGCCGUUGGCAGUAAUCAGGAAGCCGGGAAGGCCGGCCAAAGUGAAAAUCUCCGGCAUAUCCGUGACCGUUAACAGGCUUUCACCUCAGGAAAGAAAAGUAAGUAUUAGCAGCUGUCUGCCUCCUCUCCAACAAGAGACCGCGUCGUCAGAGAAGACCCAGGCCGAAGAGAAGCCGGACGAUCAACGGAAUGAAACGGAUCCAGCGGGGUCCCCUCCGGGUGACUUGUUCGAGGGGGAGUCAGAGCGGCAGGUUACCGCUGCGCCCGCGAGGCACUCCGUUCGAGACAGAAAACCAUCGCUGCAUUUCUUACACUCGCUGGCCUCGUCGAGUUCUUUGACUUACCGAAACGCCCUGCUGCGUAAAUCGUACAAACUCCACCUGCAGAAAGCUAAAGAGCAGAAGGAGAAACGGAAGCGGCCAAAGCCGAACGUGGCACCCGGAGACGCCCAGGUUGCCAGGAAUUCAGGGAAGGCGACCCGGGCCCCGUCCCGGGACGGCUCCGGGCCCGGAAGCGACGCCGUGUCCUUGGACCCGAUCUUCGCCUCAAACCCUACCCUCAGGUGGUGGGCUAGUUCCACCUCCAACGAUUCUCUGUUGGAAGAACUCAACCAGAGAUUCGAACGGAUCACCAACGCCUGGUUGCAAGUGAGCGGGGACGAGUCGGAAAACUACCCCCGUGAGAAACAGAACCUCCUCGAACGGGACGACGACGGCCUCAAAAUGCCGAGCCCCUUGGAGACCUGCCUCGUAGAACUCGACGUCUCGCCCGUCAAAAUGCUCUUUCAGAAAAAAUGUGACAUGAAUGAGCUCUGCACCUGGUUUAUGCAGACUACCGAAACGCAGUCCCUUUCACUGGUCAGAAAAGCGAACGCUCGCAAUCCUCUGGAAGUCAUCAGCACAAGGGGCGUGAAGCCGGGGGCCAAGCCAUCCGAUCUUAACACUAGUCCUUUCAGAAAGCACUUAAAAAAAUUUGCACUAUCCUCUCCUUCCAAGUCAGCGGGGAAACUGCAGAUACUGCAUCAGAUGGUGAGAUCUCCCGUCCUAAAUGUGAGAAGUAAUUUCACGCUGACUCGGUUAAGGAGGGCGGACUUUAAGAGGCUUCAGCACGAAAGGUGGAGGCAGGUGAAAAAACUGCACAACUGCGGGCCCGUGGAGUGGAGUUCUAAGAGGAGAAACUUGAGAUUCUUUUGCCAGAACCAGUUUUUGAAUAACAGUGAUCUAGCCCCGCUCCCCGGCCACCAGCCAGCAGAGGCUCAGGCAGCCCUGCAGCCCAGGGGGGAGCUGUCUGACUGCAACACUCGCGCUACUUUGGGAAACGUGUCCGAGGCCCCGGCAAAGGCCAACGGGGCAAACUGUUGCCCCAAAGAUGUUGAAAAGAGACCAAAGCAAGGAAGAAUCUGUCCCAGUUCGUGGCGAUCAAAAUCUUUUAGAGACUGUAGGAUAUUUUUGAGAAAGCUCAACCCUGUUGAUCAAAGAAAUGCAUUUCAGCUCAAUACAAUCCUUUACUCCCCCGAAUCUGCUGAGAGCGGAAGUGGUCCUCAGCCCCGCGGUGAAAAAUCGAAGCGCUGUGCCUUAAGGUCCCAGUCGGCCAAGCGGGAUUCGCUAAGGGGACAGUCGAGAGCCGUAGACGUAGCUCAAGCAGAUGAUGCUUCAGAUGGCAGGUUUGUCGGCCGGCUGGACGGCAGUCAGUUAAACAGAUCCGUUAGUUGUGACAGGAGCCGUUCUGAGAGUGCUGAAGCUCUCAGCAAACGGAAAAGACCGCCAUGGGAGACCACUGACAUGAUCGCCACAAAAAGACAUAAGAGACGAUCUUGCAACAGUGGACAAAUGACAAAUUAUUAUUCCAAAUAUCAGCUAGCAUGCUACAAAUGAGAAGCGAUGAGAAGCAGAGCUUGUCUGACCAGGACACAGCAAGUAGCCCCUUGAACCCCAUUAAGAUGUGCCUUAA